UACCUUGUCUGCGGUCUGUCCUACAGGUUGGACACGUUGUGGUCGGAUCAGAUUUAGUAGUGUACCUGGAGCAGACACCUGAGAGUCCUCCUUCUGGUCUCGGCUCUCCAGACUCCGCUCGGUCCACUUUUUUCCUGUUUUCAUUAAUAAAAAGGGAGCUGAGUCAGCUGAUCAAUAAUUCACCUGACAACUCGAGCGGCACUUUACACAAGAGCUGACAUGAGGAGCUGAGCGGAGCAGCGGAGAGCACCUCCUCCUCCCCCCUCCGGGUCCUAGACCGAGACUAGAACACAGGCCUACAGGUGUUUUUUCAUAUUUUCAUGUCAUUUGGAGCGGAUCCUCUGCGCUGAGACCAUGCUGGGAGCGGAGAGCAGACUGGAGAGCCGGCUCCACAAGCUGGAGUCCCUCAUGAGGAGCCCACAGUCCGCUUUAAACCUGGAGACCCUGCUGGACUCCAUGAACGCGCUGGCUCAUGAUCUGAACUAUCCUGCCCUGCGGAAAAACAAAAACAUCGAGUCCUUCCUGAUCCGAUAUGAACAGGCGGCGAGUCAGCUGCGAGAGCUGCAGGUGAAGCUUGAAGACUUCGAGAAGGUGAAGCUGAUCGGGAGAGGAGCCUACGGAGAAGUUCAGCUGGUCCGCCACAAGGCCUCCAGGAAGGUUUACGCCAUGAAGCAGCUCAGCAAGUUUGAGAUGAUCAAGAGGUCGGACUCUGCCUUCUUCUGGGAGGAGAGGCACAUCAUGGCCUUCUCCAACAGCCCCUGGGUGGUCCAGCUGUGCUGUGCUUUCCAAGACGACCGCCACCUCUACAUGGUGAUGGAGUUCAUGCCCGGAGGAGACCUGGUCACGCUCACCAUGAACUACGACAUCCCGGAGAAGUGGGCUCGCUUCUACACGGCUGAGGUGGUGCUGGCGCUGAACGCCAUCCACUCCCUGGGCUUCAUCCACCGAGACGUCAAACCCGACAACAUGCUGCUGGACCAGCACGGACACCUCAAACUGGCUGAUUUCGGCACGUGCAUGAAGAUGGACUCGACAGGCAUGGUGCACUGUGACACGGCUGUCGGCACGCCAGACUACAUCUCUCCGGAGGUGCUUCAGUCUCAGGGAGGCGACGGCGUCUACGGCCGGGAGUGUGACUGGUGGUCCGUAGGGGUCUUUAUCUACGAGUUACUGGUCGGUGAGACUCCGUUCUACGCUGAAUCUCUGGUUGGAACCUACGGAAAGAUCAUGAACCACAAGAACACACUCGUCUUCCCGGAUGUGGAGAUGUCUCAGGAUGCCAAAGAUCUCAUCUGUGCCUUCCUCACUGACAGGAAGGUUCGCCUGGGCCGCUCUGGGAUUGAUGACAUCAAACGCCACCCUUUCUUCAAGAACGACCAGUGGACCUUUGAUAACAUUCGAGAAACUGUGGCUCCAGUUGUACCUGAGCUGAGCGGAGACAUCGACACCAGCAACUUUGACGACAUCGAGGAAGAUAAAAAAGAUGUUGAGACCUUUCCUCCGCCUAAAGCCUUUGUGGGCAACCAGCUACCAUUCGUCGGCUUCACUUAUUUCAAGGAGGACCAGCUGCUGAAGGGAAAUAACAACUACUCUGUGGAGGAUUCAGAGGACAGCAAGGAGAACUCUGAGGAUAAGGAUUCAGAGGACAAUAAGAAGGAGCUGCAGAAAAAGCUUCGUCAGCUGCAGGAGCAGGUCGACCAUGAGAUGCAGGCCAAAGAUGAGCUGGAGCACAAGUGCAAAAAUGCCACCAACCGUUUAGACAAGCUGGUCAAAGAAUUAGACAAAGAGAUGAGCAGCAGGCAGAAAGUGGAGGCCUCGCUGAGGCAGCUGGAGAGAGAGCGAGCUCUGCUGCAGCACCAGAGCGCCGAGAACCUGCGCAAGGUCGAGAUCGAAAAUGACAGAAAACGAAGCCUGGAGAACGAAUUGAACAAUAUGAGGGACCAGCUGGAGGAUCUUAAAAAGAAGAACCAGAAUUCCCAAAUCUCCAACGAGAAGAACAUCCAGCUGCAGAGACAACUGGAGGAGGCCAACGCCGUGCUGCAGGCUGAGCAGGAGGCGGCGGCGCGGCUGAAGAAGAGUCAGGCGGAGGUGCAGAAACAGGCUCAGAGCCUGGAGGUCAGCCUCAGGGAGGCGCAGGAGAAGUGCAGCCAGCUCGAAAACGGCAAGAUGGAGCUGGAGAAGCAGCUGAUGGGGCUGCAGGCCGAGCUGGAGGAGGAGAGACGAGACCGCAACCUCCGCACCGAAACUGUUACUGACCUGCAGGGACGCAUCUCUGGCCUGGAGGAAGAGGUGAAAGAGGUGAAGUCAUCGCUCUCCACCGUCCAGACUGAAAAGAAGCAGCUACAUGAGAAGCUCAAUGACCUCGAGAAGGAGAAGAGCAACCAAGAGAUAGACUUGACGUUCAAGCUGAAGUCGCUCCAGCAGAAUCUGGAGCAGGAAGAGGCCGAACACAAGGGAACCAAGUCCAAGCUCGCUGAUAAAAACAACUUCAGCCAGUCCAUCGAGGAGGCAAAGUCUGAGGCCUUAAAAGAGAUGGAGAGCACGCUGCAGGACGAGCGCAGCCUGAAGCUGCAGGUGGAGGCGGAGCUGCUGCAGAUGGAGAAGGAUCACUCCAUGCUGGACUGUGACUACAAGCAGGCGCAGCACCGACUCAACGAGCUGCAGGCGCAGAAGCAGAAACUCUCCGAAGAGGUUAAGAACUUGAGCUCUCGUCUGGAGGAGGAGAUCCACAAGCGCAGUCUGAGUCAGAGCGAUCUGAAGAUGCAGACCCAGCAGGUGUCGGUGCUCCGCUCCUCAGAGAAACAGCUCAAACAGGAGGUGAACCACCUGCUGGACAUGAAGCAGGUCCUGGAGAAGCAGAACCAGGAGCUGCGCAGGGAGAAGCAGGAGGCUGGUGGCCAGCUGAAGGAGCUGAAGGACCAACUGGAGGCUGAGCAAUAUUUCACAACUCUUUACAAAACGCAGAUCCGAGAGCUGAAGGACGAGUGUGAUGAGAGGAACAAACUGUACAAAGAGGCGCAGCAGCGACUGGCAGAAUAUCAGGAGGAGAGGGAUUCCCUGACGUCGCAGCUGGAAGCCAGUUUGACCAAAGCGGACUCUGAGCAGCUGGCUCGCUCCAUCGCUGAGGAGCAGUACUCGGAUCUGGAGAAGGAGAAGAUCAUGAAGGAGCUGGAGAUCAAAGACAUGAUGGCGAGACACAAACAGGAGCUCGGUGACAAGGAGGCCACCAUCAGCUCGCUGGAAGAGUCAAAUCGCACGCUGACGGUGGACGUGGCGAACCUGGCGAGCGAGAAAGAGGAGCUCAACAACCAGCUGAAAGACAUGCAGCAACAGCUCCAGAAAUCCAAGGAGGGGGAGAAGCAGAUGAACUCAGUCAAACUGUCCUUUGAAAAGAUGCUGCAGAAUGAAAGGACGCUAAAAAUUCAGGCUGUCAACAAGCUGGCCGAGGUGAUGAACAGGAGGGAGACGGGCCGAGGAGGCCACCGGACCAUCGACACCGAGGUGCACAGGAAGGAGAAGGAGAACCGGAAGCUGCAGCUGGAGCUCAGGACGGAGAAGGAGAAGCUCAACAGCACCAUCAUCAAGUACCAGAGAGAGCUGACGGACAUGCAGGCGACGAUAGCAGAAGAGAGCCAGGUGCGUCUGGAGCUUCAGAUGGCGUUGGACAGCAAAGACAGCGACAUCGAGCAGCUGCGCUGCCAGCUGACCACGCUCAGCGUCCACUCUCUGGACUCCACCAGCAUCAGCAGCGCCAACGACCUGGAAACGGGUGACGGAUACCCAGACUCCAGACUGGAGGGCUGGAUCUCACUUCCUACCAAGAACACAAAGCGCUUUGGCUGGGACAAAAAGUAUAUAGUUGUGAGCAGUAAAAAGAUCCUGUUCUACAACAGCGAGCUGGACCGAGAGCAGGCCAAUCCUUUCAUGACCCUGGACAUCGAUAAGCUGUUUCAUGUCCGACCUGUCACUCAGACCGACGUGUACCGUGCAGAUGCCAAAGAAAUUCCAAGGAUAUUCCAGAUCCUGUACGCCAACGAAGGCGAGAUUAAACGUGACCAGGAGCUGGCGGUGGAGCCGGCAACGUCCGGCGACCGGUCCUCCUACAUCAGCCACAAGGGCCACGAGUUCAUCCUGACUCUGUACCACUUCCCCUCCAGCUGCGAGGCCUGCACUCGGCCCCUGUGGCACGUUUUCAAGCCGCCGCCGGCCCUCGAGUGCCGCCGCUGCCACACCAAGUGCCACAAAGACCACCUGGACAGGAAGGAGGAAGUUAUUGUGCCCUGCAAAGUGAACUACGACAUGUCCACGGCCAAGGAGCUGCUCCUGCUGAGCAACUCUCGUGAGGAGCAGCAGCGCUGGGUCAGCCACCUCCUCAAACGCAUCCCGAGGAAACACCCGACCAUGAGUCCUCCCGCCGCCGUGCACAACAACCUCCCUGAAGCCACGGCACGCUCCUCGCCAAAAGUCUCGCCGCACCCUUCGCCCAGGGGCUCGCCUCACCUGUCGACGAGACACCGCGGCGCCAUCAAGAUCCAGCCGAGCAGAACGCAGCCGUCAGGGAAAACCAGUUAACCCUGGCUGAGCAGAGAUGUUGUAUUUUCAUCUUUGUGGAUUAAUAACCGCAGUCUGGACGCCGUGCCUUCGUGUGUUAUUUCUUCAGGGACUGAAAAGAAAAAAGAAAGGAAAAAAAAAAACGCUAAUCAUGGACAGAAACAUUCUCAGAAACGGGCUGUCGUCAUGAGAACAGGGUCUGUUUUUAACAAGGAGAAAAUGAGUGUUCAUUAUAGAGUGAGACAUAAAAGUAAAGUAAAUUCAACACUGCCUUAUUUUAUAACCAUCAUGACAAAUAGAA